AUGGAGAAGAUGAAUCCAGAAGAUGAUGAUAUGAAUUGGGUUCAUGAUUCUUCUGUUGAUCAUAAGGGUAGAGUUCCACUUCGAGCUUCAACUGGUUCUUGGAAAGCUGCUUUUUUCAUUAUUGCAAUUGAGUUUAGUGAGAGAUUAAGCUAUUUUGGAAUAGCAACCAGCUUAGUCCUUUAUCUCACAAAAGUUAUGCAUCAAGACCUUAAAACAGCAGCAAGGAAUGUUAACUAUUGGACUGGUGUCACAACUCUAAUGCCAUUGUUUGGUGGAUUCAUAGCUGAUGCUUAUUUAGGUCGUUACUCCACUGUGUUUGCAUCAUCGAUUGCUUAUCUUAUGGGUUUGGUACUGCUUACACUAUCAUGGUUCUUACCAAGCUUAAAGCCAUGUGAUCACACUAUGACAUGCAAUGAACCAAGAAAGAUUCAUGAAGUGGUUUUCUUUGUGGCUAUUUACUCAAUAUCUAUAGGAACUGGAGGUCAUAAGCCCUCUUUGGAGAGCUUUGGAGCUGAUCAAUUUGAUGAGGAUCAUGUUGAAGAAAGGAAGCAAAAAAUGUCGUUUUUUAAUUGGUGGAAUUGUGCUUUGUGUAGUGGACUUAUUCUAGGAGUGACCUUGAUUGUUUACAUACAAGAUAAUAUUAAUUGGGGUGCUGCUGAUGUUAUAUUUACUGGAGUUAUGGCGAUUUCACUUGUUGUAUUUAUUGUUGGAAGGCCUUUUUAUAGGUAUAGGGUACCUUGUGGGAGUCCUUUGACUCCAAUGUUGCAAGUUCUUGUUGCUGCUAUUUCUAAGAGGAAGCUUCCAUAUCCUUCUAGUGCUGAUCAAUUGUAUGAGGUUCCUAAAUCUCUUGGCAACAAAAAGAAGUUUCUUUGUCACACUAAAAAACUCAGAUUUCUUGACAAGGCAGCUAUAAUUGAAAAUGAUGGAAACUUAGCUGAAAAGCAAAGUCCAUGGAAGCUAGUAAACGUAACAACAAUUGAAGAAAUGAAGCUUAUAAUAAACAUGAUUCCAAUUUGGAUAUUCACUAUCCCAUUUGGAAUAAGUGUGGCACAAACAUCAACAUUCUUCAUCAAACAAAGUGCAACAAUGAACAGAAAAAUAGGUAAAAGCUUUGAACUUCCACCAGCUUCAAUUUUCACAGUGGCAGCCUUAGGAAUGAUAAUUUCAGUGGCAAUUUAUGACAAAAUCCUAGUACCAAUGUUAAGAAAAAUAAACCAAAAUGAGAGAGGAAUCAACAUCCUUCAAAGAAUUGGCUUUGGAAUGUUUUUCACUAUUACUACAAUGAUAGUAGCAGCUUUAGUUGAGCAAAAAAGACUUGAAGCUAUUAAAAAGGAAUCACUUAUAAGUGUUUUUUGGUUGGUUCCACAGUUUCUAAUUAUUGGUUUUGGUGAUGGAUUUACACUUGUUGGAUUACAAGAAUAUUUCUAUGACCAAGUUCCUGAUUCAAUGAGAAGCUUAGGAAUAGCUUUUUAUUUAAGUGUGAUUGGAGCAGCAAAUUUUAUGAGUAGUAUGUUGAUAACUUUGGUUGAUCACAUGACAAUGAAAAAUGGGAAGAGUUGGAUUGGUAAGGAUUUGAAUAGUAGUAGAUUGGACAAAUUUUAUUGGCUAUUGGCAGGUAUAACUACUGUGAAUUUGUUCUUGUUUGUGUUCUUUGCUAGAAGAUAUUCAUACAAAAAUGUGCAAAAGGUUGCGGUUGUGGUUGAUAGUUAUGAAGGUGAAAUUGAUUAUGCAAGGGUAGAAAAUAAGGUUUGA